AUGGCCUCGCCUUCGUCGACUCCCCAUCAUACUACCUCGUCUUCGAAACAUGCGAAAACGGCGAGAUUUAAAAUCUCAUCCUCCGCGGGAAGUAAUAUCUUGAUCUACGACGUGGAAGUCACCAACGACGACGAGUGCGUGACUGUCAAGAGUCCCGCGGAUCAUCUGCUGAUUGAGAGCGUACACUGUAACAUUGCCGGCGGGAAUGCCAUUGGCUCCUUGCAGCCUAACACCGACAUCUCCUACGUCCACUACUGCAACAUCUAUAGCAACCAGGCCGGAGGCUUGUAUAUCAACUCCUACGGCGGCAGUGGGACGCUGUCGGCUUGCUUGUUCGAAAAUUCUGUGCUACGGAAGAGCCCGAAUACCGGUCAACAGUGUUUACUGGAACAAGAAAACUUCCGCGACACGAACGAAAAGUCCGCCCGCCCCGUUGUCCGCUACGAGUGUCCCGCCGAAGUCCCCUGCUACGACACCACCCUCGGAGACAUUUACCUGUGGACCGAAGACGGCGACGCCGUGACCUGGUCGUGCAGCAGCGCCUAA